AUGGUACCUAGUCGCACACUUAUGUUUGACAACCGAUUGAGGGAGGCUUUUAUCGAGCGGGUUCGAAGCGCUAAACCACCAUCACAUCCUCGAUUUCGUAUACGCGUAAAAACUGGCCUCGAAAGAAGCAGUGCUGUGCUGGUACCAUUGGCCAAUGUUAAUGGGAAAGCGUCCAUAUUGUUCACGCAUCGAUCGUUGAUUCUGAAGGGUCAUCGUGGUGAAAUAUGCUUUCCAGGAGGACGUUUGGAAGCUGCGGAAACACCCGAGCAGGGUGCACUGCGUGAAAGUGCUGAAGAGAUUGGUAUCAAGCCGGCAAACGUGCAAAUUUGGUCGAAGCUAAGACCGAUGUUAACGAGAAGUUUACGUUCGACAGUAACGCCUGUAGUUGGCCUCGUGAACGACUCAGAGUUGAGCUCAUUAGCGCCGCAGACAAAUGAGGUGCAAACAAUAUUCACGGUACCGAUUCAAGAAUUGUGCACAAAAUACCGAUAUACACAUUUCAAACGAGAAAAUGGUGAUUGGAUAUUACCAGCUUUCACUAGUACUGAAUUCACGGUCAUAUCGUCGUCAAGCCACCAGCCGUACACACCUCGUGAAUAUCGAAUUUGGGGACUCACUGCUGGAAUUGUGCAUUUAACAUUGACCACUUUAUGUCCUUGGUUGUAUCAUGCCAAAAUUGACAUAGCCGUUCCUACUUAA